UCUGUCUUUUCCCCCCUCUGUCUUCCCCUCCUCUCUCCAUUUCUCUCUGUCCUAUCCAACAACGAUGACAUCAAUAACAACAACACUAAUAACUACAACAAUAAAAUGGGCAACAAAAUGGAAAAUAAAUAAAUGUAAAAAAAAAAAACAACCUUAAAAAUACAUAAUAGAAGCUGCUGACUUGUCUGCGCAUGGGGUCCAGCGCGGGUGGGUGGCGGUGGAGGCUGGAAGGUGUGGGGUUCCCCGGGGUGCGGUGCACCCUCCCCUACCCCCGCCUUAUCUCGCCGCAGCUGCGGCUCCCACGGGUCCCCCCGGCUUAAAAGCGCGCGGGCAGCGAGCCCCGGCGUCAUCAUGUCCCCGCUGCGCCCGCUGCUGCUGGUCCUGGUCCUGGCGGCCGCGCCCCGCGCCCGCGCCGCCUGCCCCGCGCCCGCCGAGCUCAAGCACGCGGACGGCACGCGCACCUGCGCCAUCCUGUACGACCUCAGCGACCCCUACUACGAGAACUGCUGCGCAGGCGCGGAGCUGGCGGUGCAGCCCGGCACCGACCUGCCCUUCCUGCCCGCCGACUGGCUCAACACGGCCUCGUCGCUGGUGGUGGCGCCGCGCUGCGAGCUCACCGUGUGGUCGCUCCGGGGCAAGGCCGGCAAGACGCGCAAGUUCUCGGCGGGCGCCUACCCGCGCCUGGAGGAGUUCCGCAAGGGCAUCCUGGGCGACUGGGCCAACUCCAUCUCCUCGCUCUACUGCAGGUGUUACUGAAGGCUUAAUGGUCCCUCACUUCCAGCCCCCACCUUGGGUUGAACCCCUGACCUGGUCUUGAUGCUGGGAUCUGCUGAAGCCCCCAGGACUCAGACAGAGGGUGCUUUCUGCCUUUUCCCCACCCACCUUCCCUGCAAUACAGUGCUUGCGAAGUUGU